AUGCACACAUCCGAGGAGUAUGUCCAACUACGUACUGAGAGACUCCGCAAGGAUGGCACGGGUCCGGGCAAGCACUGGCAUGUUGCUGUGGACGAGACAAAUGGCAACAUCGCCGGAUUCGCGGCCUGGAACGCUCCUGGAGAUUGGCAAGGGCACAAAGAUGUGCAUGUCGAUGCAGUAGAUCCAGAUGUGAACCCAGCGUUAUGCGACGAGCAGUUGAAUACAGUGGUCAGGCAAGGACUCACCGAGAUGCGACGUAAUAUCAUGGGUGACAGGAGCGACUAUUGGUAUCUCGCAACGCUAGGAGUACACCCGGACUAUCAAGGCAGGGGUGUUGCUAAGAUGCUUCUACAACACGGGCUCAGGAUGGCCGACGAAGAACACAAGGAUGUAUACCUAGCAUCCUCCCCAGCAGCAUUCCCACUGUAUCAGAAGUUGGAUUUCAGAGAGCUUGGCAGGCUACCGCUGCUCGGAGGUCGCUAUGUCUUGACGGGUAUGUUGCGGUACGCGCGG